GCGCUGCCCAGACCCUCGCAUCGCCGGGCGCAGGCUCCCGGCGAUGCCGUGGGUGCAGAGGCCGUCAUCGAGGAGGUUGAGGCCCUGGAGGAAGCCUUGCAACAAACGGUGACGCGACAGCGAGCGCCAGGUGCCGGAAAGUAUGAUGCUGCCGUGGCGACGUAUGGCGUGCAGCUGAGGGCGUGGGUUGAUAUGCAGGUGGACGCGCGGCUCGGGCAGCUGUUGCCGAACUUCCUAGAAG